UGAAAAUGAUGUGCGAGCUUCUGCUCUCGUUGAUUUGGCUUUAAAAUCUGCUCAAGGUUCGCCAAAACACAGAAACCAUAUUUAGUGAUGUGACUGUGACAACUUUCAUCGGCACUUGUCAACUUUUUACUGAUGAUGAUGAUGAUAAAUACAUGUUUGUAAUUGAGAGGAGAGAAAAAAAAAUCCUAUAGAAACUGGGUUGUUGUUUUUGUUAUGUUAGAGAUGCUAGAAAGGGGCAUAUUGAUGUCUGUGCAGACAAUGAAUCACCCUCCAUUUCUUACUGGUGAUGCCUUUAGAAAGAGGACUCAGACUCGGUGCAGAGGGAGAGCAAAUUCAAGCACAGCUUUGCAGUUAUCUUCUGAUGAGAGUGGAAACUAUGCAGAACCAUGUACUUCCCUUCUAAGCCAACCAAACACUAUUGGUGUUAUAGGAGGGGUAUCACUUCUAUCAACUCUGAUUUUCUUGGAGAAACUUGCUUGUUGGGGUUCAAGAAAUGGUAAAGAAUGUCCACCUUUUGUUGUUUCCAGUGAUCCUGCGUUGAGCAAAAUGCUUUCAUUACGCGGUCCCCUCCCUUCAGCAAGGACCAGAUUUGAUCGUAUCAAAUUGAAUCAGGACCUUGUGAUUGAGAAUUUGCGGUGCAAAAGGAACUUUCUUCAGCAGUCUGGAGCUCGGGGUUUGGCCAUGCCUUGCCAUCUCUCACAUGCGUGGCACAGUGAAAUUUCUGAGGAUAGUUCACUACCCUUUCUUCAUGUUGGUGAUUGUGUGGCCAUGGAACUCAAGAACGCCAAGUUGAAGCCAAUUCAUGCUGCUGGUAUUGUGAGGAUUGGACUGCUGACAACUGAUUCAAAUUUUGUAGCUAGUUAUUACCAGGAGAGGCUUCAAAGUCAGGGAUUCGAAGUAGUGUUGCUAGACAAAGCAACCGAAGAACAUGUAUUGGUUCCUGCAAUGGAGGCAUUGUACAGAAAGGACAUAGAAGGGGCAAGGAAUUUAUUGAGGAUUGCAAUCCAUGUUCUUUUGGUUAGGGCAGUGAACUUGGUGCUUCUGGCAUCUGAUGAUUUGCUAGGGGUUCUCCCUCACAAUGAUCCUCUUCUAAGGAAAUGUAUAGACCCCAUGGAUGCUUUGGCCAGGUCAACUAUACACUGGGCAGAAACAAUGGUAAAGGUACACGAGAAGCUUUAGUAUUCCUUUCUUCCAAAAACCUGGCAUAAUGGUUUGAAGUAUUUCUGUAAAAAAAUAGAAAAGUAUGGCUUCGUGUAGAUAGAAUUUCUCCUUUGUCACAGCACCUUUCCUUGAUAGAUAGAAGAAUAAAAAGAGAAACUGCCGUUUAGUUUGGUGUGGAAAUUGAUUUUACAUUAUUUGUUAGAAUACCUUUGAUAACCUGAUAGUUGUAGCUUAUCUGCAGUGCCUAUGUUUAAAUAUGUAGCAGAUUUUGGCGUGCCUUUGGAUGCACUAAAAGUGUCUUGGUAGCUCCUUAGCAACUAUUUGAGUUUUCAUUAGUCAUGAAAUCACUCCAUGUGACGGAUGAUGCCUUAUAUGUUUCUUAGAUAUAUAGCAGGAUACCACAUUCUGAAAUAAUUUGUCAUUUUCCAAUCACGAGAAAGCUAGAAAAUGUUGGAAUA